CAAAAGUAUCGCCAGGAGCGGGAGCAGGAGCAGCAGAAGGAGCAGGAACCAGUCCUUGGUCUGGUCCAGUGGUCCCUGCUGGUCUGGUCUCAAAAAUGGCGAUGCGCGUUCGUUGAACGGGCAGUUCUGGCUGAGGACGAUCUUGCUUUGGGGGAACUUGGUGAUGGUGGUCCGUCACCCGUCGGAGGGAGGUACUCGGGGUACAUGAAUUCGGGUACCAACGCAAGUACCUUUCCUGCACUUGGCACGUACUCUGAUAUGUUCUCCAUCCCGGGAAAUCUUCCGUCCUCCUCCAUCGACAUUGGCCACAGAAACUACCUACCUCCCAAUACCGAGCACCGACAAGAGCAAAGCACCAAGCACUACGCACCACGACGCACCGCGACGGACCAAGCACUUCGAGCACCAAGCACCGAGACCGACACCGUAUACUUAGUUGAUUUGAAGCUUCGUCCGUCGUCCUCUGUCCUCUGCCCUCCGUCCCCAUGGCGAUGCCCGGUGCUUCGUGCCACCGUCAAGUGCGAAUAUAACAAGUCGCCAUCGCCUGCCGUAUCGUUGCCAGUGCGUCUUGCUCCCUUCGCCCACGUCGUCCCAUUACUUGGCCUCCUCCUUCUCCUUCUUUUGUCUCUAUCUCCAUCUCCCGACGGGCUUCCCCGUCCUUGUUAUUAUAUUCUCCGGGUACUUGUGUAA